CUGCCAUUGAUUAAGAAAAUAAAAGUGGGCGCGCGGCGAGAGGAGCCGGCUCAUGGAAAAGCCCCGGAGCUGGAGGAGGAGGGGAUCGCAGGAGGUGCGAUGGGAGCUGCUGAGGAGCUCGCUGCUGCUGUGCUUACUCUCCGGCGGCAGUGAAGCCCAGUGUGAAGGCUGCAUCGAGUACUGCUGCAAUGGAUCGCCGCCUUUCUGUUGCUCUUACUACGCCUACGUGGGGGAUGUCCUCUCGGGCACGGCCAUCUCCGGCAUCGUGUUCGGCGUGGUGUUUCUGAUGGGGGCGGUGGCGGCCCUGUUCCUGUGCAUGUGCAUGUGCCUGAAGAACGGGCGGGGCGCGCAGGUCGGCGUGUUCAGGACCUCCCACAUCAACACCGUGACCCAGGACUACACAGGUCCUCCACCUCCAUACACCUACGACUACGAGAUGUACCCUCCUUCGCUGUACCCCCCGCCCUACACCCCAGCUCAGGCCCGGCCGGACAACUCCUCGCCUCCUCCCCCGUACCCCGGGUGCACCCUCAAGUGAACAGCCUGCAGCCCCGGAUCGUCAAAGGAAGCGGUCAUGGCCGUACAUCUCUGGCCUCUAAUGGUUGGAGCGUCAGGGGAGGGGGGGAAGACCAUUUCUGGGGGGCCCAGUGCAAUAUUGCUCAGCGAGGCAGAAUUCCCAGCUGCGUGCCUGCAAGGUGUGUAGAUGUCCCUCCACUCCUGCUGGAGUCUGGACCAAAUGAUGGUUAAAUUAAUAACAAGUUCCACACUAGCUAGCCUGCAGCUGGUGCCGAUAACCAAUAUUCUUAUCCGGCCCCAGCCGUGCACAUCCAAGGCACCGCGCCGCUUCGGUGGAGGUGAAGACCACUUUAGUCUGCAUGGAGGCGGGACCUCAAGGACAAAAGUCUCUCGAGGUCACAGCGUGGACUCUGACUAUAUUUCUUUUAUGGACUAGAUUUAUGUCAGCGAUUGAGGUGGAAGUUAAUAUUUCAAGCGGUUCCAAACCCCUUCAGGUCUGGACCUGUCAUGGGGACACAAAGACGUGGACGCAAUGCCUUUGAACUGACUUUGAAAGGACUGAUGAGGUUGUUACAGCCUGUGGUGGUGUUUGGUCACAUCAUGUGCGUUUAGAAAUUAGCAUUUAAAAAAUAAAAAUUCUUAAAUUGUGAUUUUUUAUUUCACUUAUAAAAUGGGAACCAAUGUCACUGUUUUAUGACUGACAUGUGACUUUGAAGGAUGAAACUGAUUUAACUAUAAUCAUUUGUCCGGUUAGAUUUGUUUCAUGUUUCAGUAGCUGUGUCGUAAAUUAAAGAUGUG